AUGAAUUCAAGAGGUCCUUUUUCAUUAGUAAUAUGUGGUGAGAACUAUCAUCGCAUUGGCUCUUUGUUGCCGCCUAUUGGACAAAGACCAAAAUUUGCACAACUGUAUGUUUUCGAUCCAUCCACCGAAGUUCAAGACAGAAUGGCAAACUUCUCAAGCAACGAUAACAUUUUGCUUCCAGAUAUUGUACAAGGCUUGAUCGAGAUGUUCGACGAGACAAAUGAGUUGGUAAAAAGUUUCAGAAGAUUAAGGCCCCAGUUACAAGAUCCUACAACAGAGAAUUUACGUCUGAGGAUUGUAGGAGCUCGAGUAAAGGGUGCGGAACAAUAUGAAUUGCCAACCGGCCAAGAGCUUGCUGGACUUAUCCCUGGAGAUUUUUGCCCAGAUAAACAUGACAGAGACAUUAUUGUCAACCACAGAAGCGAGGGCCUACAACGAAUAUCGAGUUUGAACCCCAAAUUCGACGCACUACAUUUCCCUCUAUUAUUUCCUUAUGGGGAAGAUGGCUACCAUACAGGAAUAACAUAUGUAGAAGAAGCAAGCAACCCAUUGGCAAAGAACUGGAUACAUUUACCAGAUAAGUUCCUCAUUACUCAUACAGGGAAUAGAAUUAAGGCAAUUACUGAUGUGGUAUAUGAGAAUUUCCAUACUAACUACCAUGAUAUCAACUACAUCAAGAAUCGAGCCAUAGUCACGCCAACAAAUCGAGUAGUUUCGGAAAUCAACGACUACAUGUUGGCCAAAGUCAAGGGAGAUGCCAAAACAUACUACAGCUCAGAUUCAAUAGAGGAUGAUACAAUAAACAGCAGCAGGUGGGAAGAGGAGUACCCAACUGAGUUCCUUAAUAGCUUAUCGUUCAAUGGUGUACCAGAACAUGAACUGCAGUUGAAAAUCUCUACUCCAGUCAUCCUUCUUCGAAAUCUGAAUCCGUCCAUUGGCCUGUGUAAUGGAACAAGGAUCAUGAUUACACAGUUGGGAGAACAUGUCAUCGGAGGGGAUAUCAUUGGAGGGUCGUAUGACAAGACGCCGGUUGCUAUUCCUAGAAUUGUGCUCAAUAUCACCGAACACAGGUGGCCAUUCAUCUUGAAGAGGAGACAGUUCCCGGUAAGAUUGUGCUAUGCAAUGACAAUAAACAAGAGUCAAGGCCAAAGCCUCGACAUAGUCGGAGUUUACUUGCCUAAGCCGGUGUUCAGUCAUGGGCAAUUAUACGUAGCAGUUUCACGAGUUCGAUCGGCUGACGGACUUCAUAUACUGGUUGACAACGACGGAGAAGUUCCACAGUCAUACACAAGAAAUAUAGUAUAUAACGAAACGUUCGUUCAUUUGAACAGCACGGCAACAUCGGUCACAGGUAAAUCAUUUAUUAAUCUAUAUUGA